GGUGUCAGGUGGACCAGCACGGCGGUACCUGGAGCUUUAACACCGGUGGGGGGGAUUUCUCCUCAAUUAGACUAUAAGGAUCUAUACAGUAGCAUCCUGGAUCCCGUCGGAGGCGAGCGAGGUGGAAAUGUCAUCUUUUGCCGUCGUCUGGUUUGUCGUGCUCUGCGUCUUGAGGACGGUGCUACCGGCUACUCACUAUAACUGCGAUAGCCCGUUGGUGUCCAUGCUGCCUGAUGCCUCGUUCCAGAGCUCGUCACAGUCUUCGUCCAGCAGCGCCCCCUACUUCGCCAAGCUGAACAGACGAGAUGGAUCAGGCGGCUGGACUCCACUGCUGACAGACCGAGAGCCCUGGUUCCAACUGGACCUCAGGGACCGAAUGGAGGUGACGGCCGUGGCCACCCAGGGGCGCUACGACAGCUCGGACUGGGUCAGCAGUUAUCUGUUGCUCUACAGUGACACGGGCCGGGCCUGGAAACAGUACAGACACGAGGACGGAGUCGGGAGGUUUGCAGGGAACGUGAAUUCGGAGGCCGUCGUCCAGCACAAGCUCUCCCAUUCGGUCCGGACUCGUUUCCUGCGUUUCAUCCCUCUGGACUGGAACCCCAGUGGCUGGCUGGGCCUCAGGGUGGAGGUGUACGGCUGCUCCUACAAAUCAUACGUGGCGGACUUUGACGGCAGAAGCUCCCUGCUCUACCGGUUCAACCAGAAGUCGAUGUCGACGGUGAAGGACGUGAUCUCCCUGCGCUUCAAGAGCCGCCAGGCCGAGGGGGUUUUGCUCCACGGGGAGGGUCAGAGGGGGGAUUACAUCACCCUGGAGCUUCACCGAGCCAAACUGGCCCUCUACCUCAACCUGGACGACACCCGGCUGAGGUUCAGCAGCAGCCGGGUCGCCGUCACUCUGGGCAGCCUGCUGGACGACCAGCACUGGCACUCGGUCCUGAUCGAGCGCUUCAACAGGCAGGUGAACCUCACGGUGGAUUCCCACACGCAGCACUUCCGCACCAAAGGGGAAGGAGACUCGCUGGAGGUGGAUUAUGAGCUGAGCUUCGGAGGCAUCCCACUGCCUGGCAAACCUGGCACCUUCCUCAGGAAGAACUUCCACGGCUGCAUCGAAAACCUCUACUACAACGGAAUCAAUAUCAUAGACCUGGCGAAGAGACGCAAGCCGCAGAUAUACAGUGUGGGCAACGUGACCUUCUCGUGCUCGGAGCCCCAGCUGGUGGCCUGCACCUUCCUGAGCUCCAGCAGCAGCUUCCUGUCGCUGCCGGCAGCGGCGUCUGCCAUGGGGGGUUUCUCUGUUCGUUUCCAGUUCAGGACGUGGAACCCGGACGGGCUGCUCCUCUCCACCCGGCUGAACCCGGAGCCCCAGAGACUGGAGCUGCAGAUCAGCAACAGCCGGCUACGCCUGACCCUGCACACCUCUGGCCAGCAGAAAUCUGAGGUCUCCACUGGGCAUAAAGUCAACGACGGACUCUGGCAUUCAGUGAGUCUCGACACAAGGAAUCUGCAGAUCACUUUGACUCUGGAUAACGAGCCGGCUUCCACCAUCGAGCUGGGGGAGCAGCUGGACGCCGAGGACAUCAUCUACUUUGGAGGUUGUCCCUCGUCCGCGGUCCCCUCGUACUGUAAGAACCCCACACUGGCCUUCCAGGGGUGUAUGAGGCUCAUAUCUAUCAACAGCCAGCCAAUGAGCCUCAGUCACGUCCAGCAAGGGAUGCUGGGAAACUACAAUGAGCUUCAGUUUGACACGUGUGGCAUCCAUGACAGAUGCCUUCCCAACCUGUGCGAACACGGCGGCCAGUGCUCUCAGUCGUGGAGCUCCUUCUACUGCGACUGCUCGGGCACCGGAUACUCGGGAGCUACCUGUCACAACUCCAUCUACGAGCCGUCCUGUGAGGCCUACAAACUGACUGGCAGCUCCUCGGGCUACUACUCCAUUGAUCCAGAUGGGAGUGGUCCCCUGGGGCCCGCACAGGUCUACUGCAACAUGACAGAGGAGCGGGUUUGGACGGUGGUGACCCACAACAGCACGGCUCCGGUCCGAGUGCGCGGCUCCUCUCCGCAGAAGCCUCACGUCAUGAAGUUCAACUACAGCGCCUCGGCCGAGCAGCUGCGCGCCGUCAUCACGGGGUCGGAGCAGUGCCAACAGGAAGUGGUUUACAGCUGCAGGAAGUCCCGUCUCUUCAACACCUGGGAUGGCACCCCGCUGUCCUGGUGGCUGGACGGGGGAGGAGAGAGGCGGACCUACUGGGGCGGCUUCCUGCCCGGAGUCCAGCAGUGCUCCUGCAGCCUGGAGGAGAACUGCAUGGACAUGAACUACUUCUGCAACUGCGACUCCGACGCCAACAAAUGGGCUAAUGACACGGGAGUCCUCGCCUACAAGGAUCACUUACCAGUGAGCCAGAUUGUGAUUGGAGACACCAACAGAACGGGAUCCGAGGCCGUCUACCAAAUCGGCCCUCUGCGUUGUUAUGGAGACAAGUCUAUCUGGAAUGCUGCAUCUUUCUACCAGGAGUCGUCCUACCUCCACUUCCCCACCCUGCAGGCAGAGCUCGGCUCUGACAUCUCCUUCUACUUCAAGACCAGCGUUCCCUCAGGGGUGUUUCUGGAGAACCUCGGCCUCAAGGACUUCAUCAGAGUCGAGCUCAGCUCUCCCUCGGUGGUGACUUUCUCCUUCGACGUGGGAAAUGGUCCGGUGGUCCUGGCCGUGAAGUCCCACGUCCCUCUGAAUGACAGGCAGUGGCACUACGUGAGGGCAGAGCGCAACGUCAAGGAGGCCUCCCUGCAGGUGGACCAGCUCCCGCUCCGCUUCCUGGAGGCUCCGGCUGACGGACACCUCCGCUUGCGGCUCAACAGCCAGCUGUUUGUGGGGGGAACGGCGUCCCGGCAGAGAGGCUUCCUGGGCUGCAUCAGGACUCUGACCAUCAACGGCGUGACCUUUGACCUGGAGGAGAGAGCCAAGGUGACCCCGGGCGUGAGCUCCGGCUGCCCCGGCUACUGCAGCGGCUCCAGCAGCCUCUGCCACAACAGAGGGAGGUGCAUCGAGAAGAGCAGCGGCUACGUCUGUGACUGCACCCAGUCGGCAUACGGCGGGCCGGCCUGUAAAGAAGAGGUAUCGGUGUCCUUCGACAGAGAGUCCUCGGUCACCUACACCUUCCAGGAGCCCUUCUCAGUGAUGCAGAACCGAAGCUCCCAGGCCUCCAGUGUUUCCAGAGAAAGCAGCAGGUUCAGGGAGGAUAUGGCCUUCAGCUUCCUCACCUCCCAGAGCCCAGCCAUGCUGCUGACUGUCAGCACCUUCAGCCAGCAGUACAUCGCCGUCAUCCUGGCUAGGAACGGGAGUUUGCAGAUCUGGUAUCGCCUCCAGAUGGACAGAAACUCAGACGUGUUCAGCCCGUCCCUCAGCAGCCUGGCAGACGGACGCCUGCACCGCAUCCGCAUGCACCGAGAAGGCAAAGAUGUCUAUGUACAGAUUGACAAGGACACGGACCUCAGGUACAGCCUGUCAUCCGACGCCGAGUUAAUCUCAAUCAAAUCGCUGACUUUGGGGAAAGUCACAGGAGUCGAUGGUUUCGAUGAGGAGGUGAGACAGGCGGGAUCCAGAGGGUUCGUCGGCUGCCUGUCGUCCGUCCAGUUCAACCACGUGGCGCCACUGAAGGCGGCGCUGCUGAACCGGGGCAGCUCUCUGGUCAGCGUGCGAGGCCAGCUGGUCGAGUCCAACUGCGGCGUGCUCGCAGACUCAAAGACAUCAGAGACCGUCGACAGAGGCAAGGAGCCAUUAAGAAAUGCUUCACAAAGCAACUCUGCAGUAAUUGGAGGUGUGGUGACGGCGGUGGUCUUCAUCACGGUGUGCGUGCUGGCGGUGGUGACCCGCUUCCUGUACCAGCACCGGCAGGCCCAGAGGAACGCCAGCAUCAAGGAGAAGGAGCACAGACACAACAUGGAGACAGCGUACCGGGCAGAGCUGCACCUCCACAACCCGGUCAGGGACAACAUGAAGGAGUACUACAUAUGACGGACACGCCGCCGUGCUCAGCCAAGCCUUUUAGCCAUCGCUUACCUCUCUUGUGUUUUGUCCAGCUGUCUACACAGGACAAGGUCCCUGGCCUUUUUUUCUUCCCAGGAAGAAACGACUGUCUCUGAUAGUAAAAACGUGGGAAGAGAGGGGAACCUCCCCGCCCCCACCUUCUCAUUUGUGUGUAGAUUCUCAGUAGGACAGGAUUUUUAGCUGAUGAUAACGGUCUGUCUGUCCGGCCCGGCCCGGCCAGCGCUGGCAGCAAGGGUGAGAGACGGUGCGGCAAGAAAAUGAGACAUAUGGGUACAGUGCAAUGGAUCUGUCCUCCGGGAACAGCAGACGACCCUGGGCAGGUUGGCAACAUAAUGGAUGAAAUAUAUAAAUGGUCCCUCAGGUUUCUCUGGGAGCAACAGAGGAAAUGAUGGACAGCGGUGGAUAUGUGGAUGGGAAUGGCAAUCCAUGACAGGAAUCCCAAUCAUAAAGCUCAAGCAGGUGAAAGAAGCCAUUGGAAACAGAGUCCGAGAACUGCGCGCAGGACCGGAAUCGGAAUCGGAAGUCCGACGCCUCGCAGUUUCCAGUUUUUCAAAGCAAAUCUGGCCAGCGACACCGACGCACGUCCGCUGUCAUCCUCAAAGAAGCACCCACUCCUCACCAGUAUUGUAGACGUUUAAAAGUUUAAGGCCAUAUCUCAAAUGUUUGGUGACAAGAAGAAUUGCAUACAGAGAUGUCUUUCUGAACGUAGUCGAAAAUCUGAAUAGCUCCUUGUAAAGUCGGCAGGUUUGCCUGUAAUGUUUGACUUGGUUUUCCUUUUUUCGUUAGUCCCUCCAGCUUUUUUCAGACUGUGGGCUGGAUGGUUUCUUGGCGAGGGGUGUGUGAACGAUAACGUAGUAAAGUGUACAGUAGCAUCUGCUGUCUGUCCCCUUGCACAGAAAAAGAAAAUCUCAUCAAAUCCCACUCGAGUGAUUCCCGGUCGAGGCUCAGAGGCAUGUUCUAAGAGCUACAAUU